AGUGCGCAGAAGUGCAACAAUGUUUCCACAUCGCCUUUGAUUUAUUCUUACUGAAAAUGAAUGCAAAUUUUUUUUCUUAUUUUUCUUCUUAUUAUUAUUAUUUUUUAUAUCUAAAUAAUAAACGCAAAGUGUUAAUCCGUUAGAGAGAGUGUUCUAGUUUGGAUUAUUCUCAACUCAAUAUCUGGGUGAACAUGGAUCUCCCUAAAAUGAAUGAGAGUCACGGCAUCCUGUGGGGCUGCGCACCAUCUCCACAAGCUUCUCCAUUAAACCACUCCACCGUGGACCUGAACACCACCUGUAGCAAUGCGUCAGGAUUAACCAAACUUCAAGUCACGCGAUCUAAAGACAUGUACUCACUGAGGAUUCUCCUCUACUCUCUGAUCUUCCUCUUGAGCGUGUUUGGCAACCUGUUGAUCAUCGUGGUGCUGGUGGCGAACAAGCGUAUGCGCACCGUCACAAACUCCUUCCUGCUCUCACUAGCUGUCAGUGACCUCAUGAUGGCUGUCUUCUGCAUGCCAUUCACUCUCAUCCCUAAUUUGCUGGAGGACUUCAUCUUCGGAGCCACCAUGUGCAAGACCGUUGCCUAUUUCAUGGGUAUCUCCGUCAGCAUUUCCACCUUCAGCCUGGUUGCUAUAGCAAUUGAGAGGUACAGCGCCAUCUGCAACCCGCUGAAGUCACGGGCAUGGCAGACCCGCUCGCAUGCGUACAAAGUCAUUGCUGCUACCUGGGUGCUGUCGGUGAGCAUCAUGAUACCGUAUCCGAUCUUCAGCACGCUCGUGCCCUUCUCCAAACCCAACAACAUCACGGCUCACAUGUGCCGUCCAGACUGGCGUAUAAGCCAAAUUGAACAGAUUUGGUAUGUCUUGCUGCUUUUUAUUCUGUUUUUCAUCCCUGGUGUGGUAAUGAUCAUCGCCUAUGGUCUCAUCUCCAGAGAGCUUUACCGUGGGAUUCAAUUUGAGCUGGAGCAGAAGAAUGACUGUGGAGCAAUGAAGAAUGGCGUAAACGGCACCGUAUCCCAUGGCCAUGACGAUAGUGACGGAUGCUACAUCCAGGUUCCUAAGAAACCCCCAGCCAUGGAGCUUUCUACCAUCAGCAACCCAGCCUCGUCCAAGCCGGACAGGCCGCGCAGCAACACGUCCGAAGCCAAACUCCUGGCUAAAAAGCGCGUGAUCCGUAUGCUGAUCAUCAUUGUAGCUAUGUUCUUCAUCUGCUGGAUGCCUCUCUAUACAGCGAACACAUGGAAGGCGUUUGACCAGAUAUCGGCGAAGCGGGCGCUCUCCGGAGCUCCUAUUUCCUUUAUCCAGCUGCUGUCGUACACGUCGGCCUGCGUCAACCCCAUCAUCUACUGCUUCAUGAACGUUCGUUUCCGCAAGGCAUUGCUGGCAACUUUCACCUGCUGCACCCUGCCAUGCCGCAAGCGCAAGAGGAGGGAAGGUGAUGAUGAGGUUACUGGCGUUACCGCUGCCUCGAUGUCUAAAUUUAGCUACACCACUGUUAGCACAGUGGGGCCGUGUUAGCUUUGAAAUUAGAGUUCUGUCAGAUGGUAUGAGUUUUAGGCACAUUUUGUCUUGAGGGUCUUAAACAGUUUUUCGGAUUUGUGAGUAGUUUCAUGUAGUCCUCUUUCUGUCUUGCCGAUGUAUUGAUGUUAGAACAAAUGAGAAUGCCCAAGGCUUGGCCAGUGAUGAGUACACAGCACCAAUGCUGAUCCUCGGAGGAAAAGUUUGAGCAUGCUCUUCCAAAACACUCUAGGCUAUCUCUAUCUGAAACAAAAAAGGUUAUCUGCUAAAAAUCUACCUAUCCAAGACUUCGCCUGUGUCGUAAUAGAAAAUUGUGUAAAUAUUCAAUCAUUCCUACUGUGAUUGUUAUACAUAUACUGCAUGAAACUAUUUUUUAGUUAGAGGUCUAACUAAAUAAUGGCUACAAAAUGGUACAGAUGUUCAUGCAUAAAAUUUUAUAUUGUCCUCAUUGUUUAUGUUUAAAGUGUAAAGUUGUGCUCGUUACAUUGCUGUCUGUGAAUCGUGAUGGUGAUCUUAGGAACCAAAAUCUGUGACUCAUUACAAGCAUAUCGUUUUUCGUGGGGAGUUUUAUGCAUCUUAUUACCAAAUCCUUAUCCGUGAUGCAUAUCUCUCAGUUUGCUGUCUUAGUAACUUUGUUAGUACACAUGACCAUCCACUGUUCUUCACUUCUGUUUUGCCUAGGCAGCAAAGAAAUGUACUAAGUAGCUCGAUCUUUCUUUAAACAAUUUUGAUUCGGGGUUUAAAGAAGUAUUAUAAACCUUAUUGGAGUGUUACGACUGUUGGCACUUAAAACCUACAUGCAUGCAUACUGUACAAAUGUACACACUCAAAAAAACAAAACAAUUGAUUUCUUGCUUAUCGUAAAUUGAUGCGGCGUUCUCGUAAAGCUUCGCUGAAUCUAGAAACUACAGUAUAAUCUUAACCCAGUUUUGUGGUGAGUUUAAUAUAACGUACAAGAAUAUCUUAAAUUUUGCUUCGAUUUUAAAUAGGGUAAUUUAAUUGCUUUGGUUUUGGGGAAAUUUUAUUCCAGGAUAACACAUUUAACAGAAAUUUAUAUGUAGAAUAUUUAAUUAUGCCAUAGCUAACCCUCAUCCCACUACGUUUGCAGGACAAAUUGGGUGAACGCAGUUAGAACUUGUACAACUUGGC